UAAAUUUUGAGCUUUAUUUAAGUCAAUAUCAGUCACUAUGGAUACUUAUUUUACGGAAUAUGAAAAUUUAGAGGUGCACGAGCUCAUGCUGAAAGAUCGACCACGACAAGAAGCAUAUUGUAAUGCGAUUCUCAAGAAUAAGGAUCUAUUUAAGGAUAAAGUUGUGCUAGAUGUGGGCGCUGGUACGGGUAUACUUUCGGCGUUCUGUGCCAAAGCCGGUGCUCGACUGGUUUACGCUGUGGAAGCCUCCAAUCUAGCCACGAAGGUAGCCCUCGAUCUAUUCGAUGAAAAUAAUCUCACAGGGAUCGUUAAGGUGAUACAUUCCAAGAUCGAGGAAUUCGCGUUGCCGGCCAAUGCUGAGAAAGUUGAUAUUAUUGUCUCGGAAUGGAUGGGCUUCUAUCUGCUGCACGAGGGUAUGCUGGAUUCGGUGCUCUUUGCCAGAGAUCAUUUCCUAAAGCCCGAUGGACUAAUCUUUCCCAGUGAGUGCACCAUUUAUGUGGCACCCUGCUCUGUGCCAGCACUUUUCGAUUACUGGCAAAAUAUUGACGGGGUGAGCAUGGAACGUUUCGCUAGCAAACUGCGCUUACAAAAAUCCACACGACCGGAGAUAACCUAUUUGAAACCGGCGGAUUUGCUGCACGAAGGCAUCGUGUUUCAUUGGAUGAGUUUGCUGGAUGUCGAUGCCAAAGAACUGGACGAGAUAAGCUUCAAGGAAGUCGUGUCCACACAAGUGGCGGGAAAGCAUCAGGGAUUCUGUAUAUGGUUUGAUGUACGCUUCCCGUGUGAGGAGGAACCAGUUACGCUCAGCACAUCACCACUGGCACCCAAAACCCAUUGGAAGCAGUGCGUCGUCGUACUACCCAAGGAAAAUUGUGAAGUUCUCGAAGAGAAUUCACCGGUGGCCUUUCAAAUUUUAAUGAAACGCAGCGCAAGCGGUGCAAGAAAAUACAAUUUGGAGGUUGAACUGCUCGAUCCUAAUGUCGAGGAGCAUCCGGUGCCCUGCUCCUGCCACAUGACCAAAUGUAUACUAACCAAGGCGCAUCUAAUCUCGAUGGACACAUCAUAAUUUAUUUGUCGCCUGUUGCUCAGUUUGUAAGACAUUAACAAAUAUUUCAAUAAGUCAA